GAACGAACGAGUUGACCUCGAGAUUCAAGUACAGUACAUUUGCUCACCAGAUUUUCCGAGAGGCGGUGAGCCGGGCAUUUUCUGCCGGAUCAAAAAAGUUCAGCCUUCAUCCAAUCCAUCCCCACUACGCAACUCACUCUCCACGAAAAUCACAAUGGCUACACCAGCCCCAGAAUUCUUGCGCUUCACAACCCAUAAAUCGCUCGCCCAGCGUCUCGUUCUCUCAACACUUACCGGAAAGCCUAUCCACAUCUCCCAAAUCCGCUCCUCAUCGACUACGAAUCCUGGUCUAACACCGCACGAAAUCUCUUUCCUGCGCCUCUUAGACAGUAUCACAAAUGGCUCGGUCAUGCAGAUAUCAUACACAGGCACGACAUUGACAUAUAUGCCGGGAUUGAUAACGGGAGGAGCGGUUACUGGUGGGAGUGGAGACGUCGUGAGAUGCGCACUGCCGGAGACGUGUAGGAGGGGCGUGAGCUGGUUUUUGCUGCCGCUGUGUAUGUUGGCGCCAUUUUCGAAGGGGCCGGUCAAUGUGAGGUUCGAAGGGGAAGGCGUCAUUACGAGCGCGACCGAGACUGGGGAUGUGUGCGUGGAUACUAUUCGCACGGCAAUAUUACCGCUGUACGAGCAAUUUGGGAUCAUGGGGAGUAAAUUGGAGCUGAGGGUACUGCAGAGAUCUUGCGCGGGUCCUAGUGGAAAGGGUGGAGGAGGCGUAGUAGAAUUGAGGUUUGGGAGCCAGGUCAGGUUACCGAAAACCUUGCAUUUGAACAGGAGUCCUGGGAGGGUCAAGAGGAUACGAGGCGUGGCUUAUUGUACGGGGGUAGCGGCGAGUGGGAAUGCAAGAAUGAUACAUGCUGCAAGGGGAGUGCUGAACCCGCUGGUCAGUGAUGUGCAUGUUGCUGCGCAGUAUGAUCAAGCUCCGUUGGUGUCGAGGGGGGAUAAGUCAGAUCCCAAGGCAAAGAAGAGGACGGGUAUUGGGUUUGGGCUCUGUUUGAUUGCUGAGAGUAGCUCGGAGGGUGUGAUAUACUCAGCUGAUGUGCCAGCUCCGAGUUCAGGUGGCGUUACGCCUGAAGAUAUAGGGAAGCAGUGUGCGUACCAGCUAUUGGAUAAUAUUUCUCAAGGAGGAUGUGUGACGAGAGUCGGCGCACCCACAGUCCUGACUCUCAUGGCUUUGGGCUCAGAAGAUGUCGGGAGACUAAGGUUAGGGAGAGAUGUGAUAGGAACAGAAGACAUAAUAGGACUGGGACGGGACCUCAAAAAGUUCGGGGCAAGCAAUUGGGGGUUAAGAGAUGCCGAAGACGAUGGAAGUGGAGAUAUCAUCGUCAGUGUCAAAGGCUCUGCGGUUGGGAACGUAGGCAGAAAGAUAGCAUAAUCAAAGUUAUCCGAGCCAAAUUGUUGUGAGAGAGUUGGGGAAUCA